CAUUGCCCCUUUUGUUUCCUAUCGCUGGCAAUCGUCUUCCUUCCCAGUGUCUCUUCUCAAGUGCAUUCUUCGAGUUCAGGCCCUAAUAUCUUAGUGCCAUCCUGUUACAAGCCAGUUCUGCGAACCUGUUUGCGUUUGCUCUCUUCUUCGAGUGCUAGUAGUGUUGUGAAUUAACCUCCCUUGGUGGUGAAAUACACUUUAUGAGUUUCUUUCCAGAGGUGACACUGGUAGUGCUCUGAUUGUCGGUUCUUGACAAUUUGUUGAGUUCUGUGGUGGUCUUGUUGCUGAGAGACUGAUGAGCUGUGUCAGUGUUGCCUAGAUCUCUGUCGGGUUCUGGUACCACUGCCUACUUUUGAAGCAACUGUGAUUUUCGUUAUAGCAGUAUUGUGUUGUUCAGGUACCAGGUUUUGCGCAGUGGUUGGGAAUUAGAUUCCUUUUCGGAGGAAGUCAUUGCAGAGUCUCGAUGUCGCGGCAGUGUGUGGAUUAGCGAGUGGUCGUCCUGUGUGCGUUGCAUUGGGGCUAAAUUUUGUUAGAUUGAAGUAUUCUCUCUGUCACCCGAUAAUCCCAAGUUCUGUAUCUCCGUGCCAUGAGUCCAGUUUUUUGAGUUGUUCUUCGUUCCACGAUCGCAAUUCGGGAUUCUCUUGUGCAUCACUCAACUCUCCGUAAUUAAGUUAUCAAUCCUUCUUUCUACAUUCUGAGUUUUUCACAAACUUCUGAAGGAUUCGCGAAGGGUUGUUGAACCGAAAUAAUUUUAACCUAGACAUCUACAUCCAUAAAUUAUCCCUCCGAGGUCUUCGAAUACUACUGCAGCGAUCGUCUAUAACAAGCUCCAUCAACUUCCUCAUAUCAUAAGAGGCAUUAAAGAACCUCCGUUUCCCUGGGCGCGGAUCAAGCGGAGUUUUCGAGACAAAGAAAACAAGGGAAAAUUGGGAAGCCGUAUCUCGCCCCUUGUGCGCCGCCGGGCAAGUACCCGCCGGCGCCAAGUUCACCUGGCGAUGAGAUGAUGUGGCGUUGUCAUGGAGCAACCAACGCCGAGCUGAUCUCUAACUUGCAGAACCAAAAGAUCCUCACUUCACCAGAGGCGGCCCUUGCCAUGUACAAAGUGGACAGAAAGCUCUUUGUGCCGGAUGCGAGAUUGGCUUACAAUGAUGCUCCUCAAGUCAUAGGGCAUUCAGCAACAAUCUCUGCCCCGCACAUGCACUCAUUCUGUCUGUCUCUGCUGGCUGAUUACCUGAAGCCUGGAAACGUCGUCCUUGACGUUGGUUCUGGAUCCGGUUACCUCACCGCUGUGUUUGGCCUCAUGGUUGGAGAAACCGGUCACACCGUGGGUGUAGAGCACAUUUCUGAACUCGCCUCACGGUCGAUUGAAGCUAUCAAAUUAACUCCAGCUGGCCCCCUGCUAGAGAAAGGCCACCUUGUUGUUCAUGUGGCGGAUGGGAAGCUUGGUUGGGAGGAAUGCGGGCCUUACGAUGCCAUCCACGUGGGAGCAGCAGCAGCAGAACUUCCUGAGGCUCUAGUGAGGCAGCUGAAGCCAGGUGGGCGAAUGGUUAUUCCUGUGGGAACCAAUUCUCAGGAGCUUGUUAUUAUUGACAAGUUACUCGAUGGGACUGUGAAGAAGACCAACGAGUUGGGCGUUCGCUACGUGCCACUCAUCUGAGUAUAAGCUGGAAGUGCUUUCCAAUUCACUAUGUGACGAACAGUUAAAGAAUUCUACCACAUCUCUGUAGAGCCACUUGGAACUCCGCUUUAUGGCCCCGCGCGGCGCUAGAAAUCCCUUUAGAGCCUUCUUUGUGGUACUCUGCCUCUGUAGAAAAGUCAUCACACUCUACCGAAUAACCGUGCCUAGUUUUUGGAUCCCACUCGUUGCCACAGUGGGUUAGUUCUGGGCUCGAAUUUUUGACCUGUCUUUCUGUGCUCUUCCUGUAGCGUUGGAGCAAGUUAGCGAAUUUUUGCAUGUGUAACUUAGUCGUACUACGUACUACACGUACAGUACUAUCUCCUGGUGUUAUACCAGGACUCGAUUGUUUGACCUCAUAAAUAAAGCCUAUAUUUCUACCACAA